GCAGCAGUAGCAGCAGCAGUAGCAGCAGCAGUAGCAGCAGCAGCAGCAGCAGCAGCAGCCGCAGCCGCAGCAGCAGCAGCACACCCAGUGGUGGACAUCUUGGAGCCAGUGUCUGAGUGCUAGUGUUUACACUGUCAUUUAAUUAACCCCUUUAAAGGUCCCCCUUUAAUCUGACCUUAAAAGUUGGCGCACUGGACGUCCAGGAGGAAGUCACCUUCACCAUUACACUUCUUCCAUCGUCAUUCAAGAAGGAGGAGAAGGAGAAAAGAAGAAGGAGAACCAGCAGCUAAUCAGGAAAAAUAUAUCAGAGGAAAAAAUUGCGCCCCUGGACCUUAACCUAUUUAGUGGACCCAAUUUGGCCACCCCUAACAACCCAAUUCCAUCUAUAUAAGAACUUCUCAGUCAGUAAUGGGAAGGAGUAAGAACAACCUCACUUAACCAGCUCUACCAGUAGAUUUAACAUAUUAUCAUGGCUCCCCAAAGAGAAAGAAAGGGCAACCCCAAUGCCUUACUAGAUGUAGGUGGACGAGAUGAUGAUGGUGAUAGUGAUGAUGACUUCCAAACCAGUCGUGUCAGUUUUUCCACAUCCGUCACAUCGACCACUAGGAGAAGGAUAAUGGUGCCUAGUCAUAUUUCUCCCAAAAAUAAGGAAAAUAAACCCAAGAAAAAUAAACCAAUCAUUUGUCAAAAAUCGCAGAGUCAGGAGCUGAAGAAAUUACACGUGCUAAGGAAUGUGGAUGCAGAGAGAAAACGUGUAGGGCAUUGUGUUAAUUAUUCCAGCCGUAACAUUGUUCAUUAUUUAAGAAAUGUUACACAUGGAUCACGGCCAUUGUUCUGGCAGUACCAGUCCCUCAAUACUCCUUUGAUGAACAUGACCAAACUGUUUCGAAUACACAAGACAUACAUGGGCUUCGAUCGGCGUACUACAGCCAUUGCAUGGCAUCCAACAAUUCCAAAUUUAGUAACUGUGGGAUCAAAGGGUGGAGAUAUUAUUGUGUGGAACUUUGAGAGAGAUGGAGGUGAUCCAAGAACAACUUUAGUUGGGCAAGGUCCAGGUGGUUCCAUCCAGGCACUGCAGUUUGACGGCCGAAGCAACGGCUCAAAAGUCUACACAGUCUCCAUUGAUGGAACUCUGGCGCUGCAUGACUUCUUGAAUGGGGACAGAAAGAAUUUCCUUAAAACUGGAGACAUAGACCACUGGUAUACCUCUUUAGAUGUGUCUCUUACUGCUGGGGUGAUAAUUGUUGGAGAUAAUAAAGGUUAUGUUAAUCUCUUCACAAUUGAUGGUGAAAAACUCUGGAAGGAGCGACUUCACAAGCAAAAAGUUACACACAUUGAAUUUUGUCCAAGGAUUCCAUGGUGUUUAGUGACUACUUCAGUGGAUCACACAUUGAAGGUUUGGGAUGUACGAAACAUGAAGUCACGCACAUCGUGUCUUCUCAGCCACACCCACGAAAAACCAAUAAACUCUGCUCACUUCAGUCGCACUGAUGGAGGGCGCCUUGUAACCACGGAUCAGCUUGAUGAAAUACGGGUGUACUCCUGUCCCAGCUUCAAUCUGAGUCAGACUAUACCGCACCCUCACCGUCAGUUCCAGCACCUCACACCAAUUAAGGCUACUUGGCAUCCACUACGAGAUAUUAUAGUUGUUGGACGAUAUCCAGACCGGAACUUUCCAGGCUAUGUUUUAAAUGAGCCUCGUACUAUAGAUUUCUUUGAAGCAUCAACAGGGAAGAUGAUAUAUCAACACAUAGAUAAAGGAUACUGCAACAAGAUUGUAUCUCUCAACUUGUUCAACCACACUGGAGACAGAUUGAUGUCAGCUGCAGGGAAUAUUGUAUGGAUAUGGAAGCCCAAAUUUAAUCCAGGAGCUGAAGAGGGUAACUGUCACGACGACGACGAGUUAGACGACGACAGUGAUGACAAUGUUGAUCAGCACGGCAGGAAGAACCCCUGCCAGCACAGAACUGUCCUUGACACAAAGCACAAGAAGCUGAAACUAGGCCCUCAUAAUUUAUAAAAAAAAAAUUCAGAGCGAUAACUUUUGUAUAAUUAGUGGCGCUAAAUUGUUACUCCUCCCUCUUCUCCUUGACACCUCUGUCUUCUUCCCUCUUUUUCCUUUCAUUUCCUUCUCAUACUCCCUCCCUCCUUCCUUUCAUCUGUUCCUCCCUCCCUCCUUCCUUCUGUUUGUUCUUCCUUCACCCCUUCCUUCCAUCUGUUCUUCCCCCCCCCCUUCCUUCCAUCUGUUCCUCCUUCCUUCCAACUGUUCCUCCCUCCCUCCUUCCUUUCAUCUGUUCCUCUCUCCCUCCUUCCUUCCAUCUGUUCCUCCCUCCUUCCAUCUGUUCCUCCCUCCCUCCUUCCUUCCAUCUGUUCCUCCCUCCCUCCUUCCUUCCUUCCAUCUGUUCUUCCCUUCCUCCUUCCUUUCAUCUGUUCCUCCCUCCCUCCCUUUUUUCCAUCUGUUCCUCCUUCAUUCCUUCCAUCUGUUCUUUCCUCCCUUCUUUCCAUCUGUUCCUCCCUCUGGUCCUCCCUUUCUCGUUUGAUACUUCAACCUACCAGCACACAAAAUAUUUUUAAAGAACAGAGGUAGAGGUUUUCACAGGCAAAAAUAUUCAAGUUCAUUGUUAUUAUAUUAUUAUUAUUAUUGUUAUUAUUAUUACUUUUUGCUGAUGAUACUGUGCUUAUGGGAGAUUCUAAAGAAAAAUUGCGAAGGUUAGUGGAUGAGUUUGAGAAUGUGUGUAAAGGUAGAAAGUUGAAAGUGAACAUAGAAAAGAGUAAGGUGAUGAGGGUAUCAAAUGAUUUAGAUAAAGAAAAAUUGGAUAUCAAAUUGGGGAGGAAGAGUAUGGAAGAAGUGAAUGUUUUCAGAUACUUGGGAGUUGACGUGUCGGCGGAUGGAUUUAUGAAGGAUGAGGUUAAUCAUAGAAUUGAUGAGGGAAAAAAGGUGAGUGGUGCGUUGAGGUAUAUGUGGAGUCAAAAAACGUUAUCUAU